AUGGGUCUCAGCCACUUCGCACUUCCCGUCGGCGACUUCUACGAGGAGAUGCGCGACUUCUACAAAGCCGUGCUCGCUUCUCUAGGCUACGAAUUCAAGUUCGAAGCCCAGGGUCCCACGGGUGCUUACUACUGCGCCUUUGGCCAGGAGAACAAAGGGCCCGACUUCUGGCUCGGCGGCAGUGGACCUUCGCUGAAGAAAUACGACGGCAAGAUGGAGAACCGAACUGCUCCUGUGCAUUUCGCCUUUGAUGCCGAUAGCCAGAAGCAAGUUGACGAGUGGCACGAGGCUGCUAUCAAGGCUGGGGCGGUUGAUAAUGGAAAGCCAGGGCUGAGGGAGUAUAGACCUGGGUAUUAUGCGGCGUUUGUUCUUGAUCCCGUUGGUAACAAUGUGGAAGUUCUUCAUUUGUCUUGA